CCCGAUCGAGCCUUUUUCUUCUUUCGACUACGGCCCUUCUCCCCCUUCCACUGUUCACCUCCCCCCACUUCGAAAACUACUGAACCUUCCUGCACACACGUUUUACCCACCGGGCAUAUCCAGCAGAGACUUAAUCCUGCUUCAUUUUUCCCUUCCUUCUCUCCGCCAACGAGCAUUCUCAUUUCCUUCGUUGCGUUCCACGAAACUAUCCGGCCUCAGCUGUACCUAGAGAUCCAGGUGCAUCCAACUCUGCUGUGCAUUCACGAGUCUCCAGCGGACACGUCCCCGUCCUUCCAUAUAUAUAGUGCACAAUACCCAACCGCCCCCACGUCUUCUCCUUUUGUUUCUCGACUACUCUGACCCCAUCCGCCUUCUUCCUUUCUUCGGCACGCCCACUCCAAGUUUCCACCUCCAUCUGUACGACACCCUGCAUCCUGUUCUUUCCGCCACACACACGCACCCUACACGUCCAGCAAUUUGCAAAUGCCGGAAAUAUCAACUUCAUCCUCAGUCGUUGACUAUGUCUUCACUUCAACAUUCGACUCUCACGCGGGGAUAACAGUGACCCACACUUCCUCAAGGUCGGACAACUCAAUCACCGCUCAAUUGGGUUCUCUGUUGGACUCUAUUGUCCCGCCAAAUCUGCAUAAGUUUGUCAAUGAAGAACACUACACAAUACUGCCUCUUUACAUCAAUGAGAAGAAUGACACCCUGGAGUCUUCUAUCGGUGUAAACGACAAAAAUAGUUCUUGCUUAAGUCCUUGUUACUUGUACACUAUCAGCUAUCUAAAAUACUCAAGUGAGCUUACCAGAAACGCCAAAGUUAUGGCAAUUUCAAUCGUCACGAAAUUGCCAAUAUUUGAAGUCUUUAAACCUUUGUUAUUCUACUUACUUCAUGAGCUGUACAGUCCUAACUUCGACCUCUCUAUGAUCGACCAGGUGUUCCAUAAUUUGAAUAAAUCUCACUUGGAUUCUUUGUUGAAUCAUUUCUCCCAUUUGAAUCCAGCAUCAAGAUUUGUACUCACGAGAAUUCAGCCGGACUUUUCAAUGAAUGAAUCUCUUAAAUUGCCAUCAGAGUUUUCAGACCAUUUCGCUGAUGCAGGCAACCUCUUCAAAACUUCAAUAAACUUGGGCGCUCCAAAGUUGAACUUUCCAAUUCAGAUUCCAAAAUCCUCUAUCAUAGCCUCACCGUUGGCAAUGUUUGGGAUAGAUUUGCAAAGAGAUUCAAGUAUCAAGAGACUGUUGAAGCGUUUGGACUCAACACAUAUCUCUUUAUCAGAGUCUUCUCCUAAGGAAAAUUGUCUUACUCCUUAUAUGAACAUCAAGCCAUUACAUGUUCUGAUUAACGCUUUGAUUUCAAAAAAGAAAAUCAUCUUAUAUGCCCAUAACACUUGCUACAAUGUCUUGACCGAUUUUGCUGAAACAUUAUACUUGAUUUACAACUCGGGGUGCUAUCAAAAUGACGAGAUUCCUUUCCAUCCGAUCAUUGACCUAUCAAGUAUUGAUUUGAUUCAAGGCAAUGAUAAUUAUCUAAUUGGCACUGCCAAUCCGAUGUUGUUGGAGAAGUUAGACUGGAACGUUUUCCUGAACUUCGAUUCUGAGACUUUACAUGUCCAAAUCGAUAAUGAUAUUAUUGAUCACAAGUUCUUCAGUGGAAACGGUGAUUCAGACUCAGAAAACGAUGAUCCUUUCAAGAUUGAUAAGAGAACGUCGCUAAACUCAAAUUAUACCAGCUAUUCAAUGACUACCUCUACUUCUUGCGUUUCAACUAUGUCCUCUAUUGAUUCUUUCCAUGCAGAUAGCCGUUUGUCUUAUUGGGAUCCUUCAUGUUUUCCUCGUUUAGUCCCAAAUGACGAGAAAGCAGAGUCAUUCUUACAUCCAAAUGUACCGGGUAACGCGGGACCAAACUACCCUGAUACCAAAUUUCCAUAUUCGACAAGUGUGUCCUCAAUUCCCAGGAUUGACAAAGCCUUAGACGCACAGAUAACUCGCCUGCUUAAAAAUCAUCAUGACGAUGAGACGUUAUUUGUUUUAUUGACCAACUAUCUGCGUAAUUUGACCACAAGGGUUUUACCAGCAUUCUAUCAUUUUAACACUUUUUUACAACUUAGGGACUAUAGAGCUCAUUUGCAAGCAAACAGCCACCUUGUGAAAAGAAGUUCAUCACAUAGUAAUAGGGAUUUUGAUAUUGAUCUUGAUUCUUCAAUUCGUCGAUUUAUACAAUCAAAACGUCUGAUUCAACCAUUUCCACUAAACUUCCCAUUUGAUUCUCUGCACGCGUUCCUGGAUGAUCCAAAGAUUUCUUCUCAUUAUGCAAGGAUUGUUCUCGCAAAUGUUCCACUGCUAAGAUUGUCUGUUCACUAUAACGAUAUCAUGUUCAGAUCCGUCGAGACCAUACCUGGAUUUGUUUUUACAUGGACUGGAGGCGAAGAUAACGCUAAUGAUGACGAAAUUGACAUCCGUCUUGAUACACAUUAUUUGGUUGGUAUUCUGGAUAGAAUGAUCGAUGGUACCUCUAACGAAAGCUGGCAACUGAAUAAAUAUCUUCUUCUCCAGAUUUUCAAGGCUUUGAAUGCCAUUUUGAAAGCACACGGAACAGGUGUGAAUGGUUUGAAUGAUGUACUGGUUGACUUAUUUAUUGAGAAGCGUGGUGAUGAGUCCUUUGCAAAGGCUUGCGGAAUCAAACUUACAGAUCCCAAAUCUACCGUUUUGUCGAAUCCAAGAUCUUCCGAGUCAAGUGUGUUUUCCAGUGGCAACUUACAGCACAAAUCCGAAAAUCAAGUCUUGGAGAAGUUGCGUCGUCUCGCUGUUUCUGCUACCAACAUCGAAUUUGUUAAGGAAGCAAUUCGUGGGGGUAAUGGAAUGGAACUCGAUGAUACUAUAUCCCUAACUACCUCGAAACGUAAGUCAAAGGAAACUUCAACUGCCACUAAAAUCAUCAAAGAUGGUAAGAAAAGCAAAAGUGACAUUUUAACUGAACACUGUGAAGAUGAUGAAUUGUUAUCUCAUGUUGGAACUUUGGGAACCCAGAGGUUCACCAAGCUCAUAUUGGUUGCUGCUCUUUAUCUGUCAAUUAGAGGUCCUGAAGAUAUAGUUGAAACGAAGAAAGGUAUUCGUCGGAAAGAUCUUUUGUUGACCGAAUUCAAAAGAUUUCUCAGUGGUGUUUUGAAUGAUCAAUUUUUCAAGGAAUUUGUCUUGGUUGAAAUGGAUGAUUUUGUCAAAUUGACUGUGAAUGAUUUUAUUGAUUAUCAUAUGUAA